AUGUCUCAAUCUCUCUUCAUCGCUCAGACAACCGAACCGGUCCUAGAUUUGCGUGACUUGAGUCUGUUGUCUCAACACACAUCUCGUCCUCGAACCUCCCUGUCCGAGCAGCAAGAGUCAAUCGACAGUACCCAAGAUGUGCACGCCACUACACUGUCGCGAAGUAGAAUGGUGAUUCUCAUCACGACCCUCACUGGCAUCACGUUCGUCGGAAGCAUGAGCAGCGGUCUUUCGACUAUCGGACUACCUGUGAUAGCAGCCGAUUUGAGACUACCAGAUAACCUAUUGAUGUGGCCGGUAUCGGUAUACCAUCUCGCAAACGGAUGCUGCCUGCUUCUGGCAGGGUCUAUGGCAGACCUUAUGGGCAACCGGAUGAUCAAUCUACUGGGCUGUCUUCUUCUCGCCGCGUUCAUUCUAGGAUGCGGGGUAGCAGAUUCUGGUAUCCAGCUGAUCCUAUUUCGGACCUUCCAAGGCAUAGCAACUUCAAUGUGUCUUCCAACAGCUUUUAGCAUCUUGACAGAGACCUUACCAAUGGGCAAGCCAAGGAACAUCGGCUUCGCUUGCCUAGGUCUGGGACAGCCUCUGGGAUUUGCGGUCGGGCUUGUGUUUGGGGGUCUUUUCCAAGGAUCCUCGCUGGGUUGGAGAUUCGGUUUCUAUCUUUGCGGCGGCGUAACCGGGACUCUCAUGGUUAUCAAUUACUUCAAGCUUCCACAGGAUGUCGCCCGCCAACCCAUCACCUUGCGCAGGCUCCGAGCAGAGAUCGACUGGAUUGGCAUAAUCCUUUCAAGCUCUUGCCUAGGAAUUAUCUCCUACGUGUUCGCUACUAUCUCUGACGAUCCAUCGAAUGUCCACAAGGCUCAGAAUAUCGCCCUGCUUUGCUGCGCGGGGGCCAUGAUCCCUGGCUUUUGGGUCUGGAUGGGCAGGCGCGAACGGGCGGGAAAGCCCGCUUUGAUCCCAAACUCUCUGUGGAAGAAUACGGCAUUCUCGUCCAUGUGUGUCAUUGUCCUUUUUUCCUGGGCGGUGCUGAACGGCGUGGAAACCAUUCUCAGUCUCUUCUUCCAGGAAGUUCAAGAGCUAUCGGGCUUUCAGUCCGCUCUCCGCUUCUUGCCAAAUGUCGUCAUUGGCGUUCUCCUAAAUUUGGGAACAGGUCUCUUGGUCCAUCGUGUGCAUGCGAAUCACCUGGUGCUUGUAAGCUCGCUGCUCAGCGCCGGGUCUCCCUUGCUCAUGGCUAUCAUUGACCCUCAAUGGUCUUGGUGGUAUUGUGCUUUCUGGGCGGUUCUGCUCAGCCCCCUUUCAGCCGAUGUGAUCUUCACCAUCGCCAACCUGAUAGUCGCGGACGCUUUUACCCCCCAGACGCGCGGCCUGGCGGGUGCCGUCUUCAACACGAUCGCGGAGUUCGGAACCUCUCUGGGACUCACCAUCUUCGCCAUCAUCUCCGCGGGCGUCACCCGGGAUUCCUCGAUCGCAGACAAGCAGUCCCCCGAGGCACUCAUGGUUGGCUACCGCGCCGUCUUCUGGACGUGCUUUGGGCUUAUGCUGGGGGCUUGUGGUGUUGGAUUGUGGGGGUUGCGGAAUGUCGGUCGGAUCGGGUUGAAGAGGGAGUGA